GCCUGUCUCCACGCAGCUCGCAUAUCCGCCAUGCCUGGGAUCCGACCAAGUCGGUGGCGCAGAACCUGGCCGAGAUGGGCCUGGCCGAGGAUCCCAACAAGGCCGUCCCCAUCCCCAAGAAGAAGCUGCUGGGGAUGGAAGUGGAAAGCGAUGGACGGGAGCAAGGAAAGAAAAUAGUGCGGAAGCCCUAUGUGGUGAACGAGAUGGAAUAUGAGGCAAGUCUCCCCGAGAAGAAGUCAAACACGCUCUCACGAGAUCUCAUUGACUACGUGCGGUACAUGAUACAGAACCACGGGGAGAACUACAAGGAAAUGGCUCGAGAUGAGAAGAACUACUACCAGGAUACUCCCAAGCAGAUUAAGAGAAAGAUCAAUGUGUACAAGAAUUUCUAUCCUGAGGAGUACAAGGAUUUCAUUGCAUCACUCAAGCAGGAGAAGAUGGAUGUGCAGUGACUGCCCUUUUUUCUCAGGUUUGCCUGCAAGUGCAGGUUUGAUGUGACCAUCU